CUCACGAAACAAACUCUACUUCAGUCGUGAGACAUUGCUCUUUGGCUACAGAUGAAAAUUCCCCCUUAGCAAUUGUUCCGUUUACAAUUCGUUUAUAUCACAUUCCUUCACGCCCCCUACUCCAAGACAGAACACCUUCGUGUUCUGACGGAGCAACGUCGGUCAAUUUUUAAAUAAAAAACUCAAUUAUGUGAUAGAGACAAAGAGUCAUCGUGCGAGAAAAAAGUUUGAUGAGCAAGAAGUGCGUGAAUCGACACAAAAGUGUAAAGUCUCGUGGUCGUUUUCCUUUCUCAGUAUGGUAAAAAGCUUUAUUGUUCUCUUUGUUGUACCGUGAAGAGCUUUUGACGUGACACUCGAAAGCUUACACAAGAGUCCAAGCACCAAAGCAUUCCCAGAGAGUCUCUGCAGGGAACCCACAGAGCAUAAAUGUGUCUCCUCAUCCAUUUAAAAAGUGAAAUAUAUAAAUUUAUAUAAGUACUUCGGGUUAAGUUAUUGCGAAUUUUUGAACUUACAUUUGGCGUUAAAUCAUGUGAAUUACUUUUUUUUGUCAGAUCAAUUAUUCAAUAGAAAAGUGAUUUGCCAUUCAUGAAACUAUGACAGCAGUACCAACAAUUUUAAAUCAAUUAUUAUUAAAUAAAUAAAAUAUCGAUCGGUAAAACAAUUUUCGCACAAGCACAGAUACAAAUAUUUUACCUCUAAAUAAAAGAAAAUCCUUUAUAGAAAAUAAAUCAAUAGAAUAAAAUAUAUAUUUAAUAGAUAUAUAUUGCAUAACUGGUUUGAAAAAUAAAAAAAAAACAUUAAAAUAAUACAUAUGUAUAAUCAGUGCCGUGAUUUUCAUCAUAUCACCCGAAAUAUAAAAAUUAAAAAAAGGGGAGACUCUAGUUUGUGAAGGAUCAUUUAUUUUCCUAAUGAGUUCCUGUCACCGUCCGUAAACGAAGAAAACUCAUUGAAUUUCCAUCCAUAAUUUAUCUAACUGUGACAGUGUGGAAAAUAUAAGAAAGGAAAAUGGAUUCAGAAAUAAAUUCCAUUGGAAUGACUAUGAUGAGAAAUUCAAUUUCAUCUUCAUCAGGAAUAUCAUCGUUGUCGAGCUGUGGUGACCCAGAUCGGCUACCAGAAUUGCCGCCAGGCGAUGAGAAAAGAUUGCAGAGAGCCGCAUUGAGUUUGCAGCAGAAAUUAAUAUUGAGGGAAUGGCUCAAGGAACAUAGGCUUCAGCACCACUAUUCGAGAUUGGUGGCUAUUGAGGUUGUGUCACUGGAGGAUGUGUAUUGGCUGGAAGAUCCCAGGGCGCGUCAGAUUCUGGGAAAGGACUGGUCUGUGUGGUCCGGCGCUAGACAAAGUCUACCAACGUCAAAGCCUCAGCUGGAGACACUAAAAGCCAAUCUAUGGUCUACAGUUGUGAAAUCGUCCCAGCAUCAGGAUGCCUGGACGUGGGGAGGAAUGCUGGUGGUAUCAGUGUCCGUGGCUGGACUCGUUACCCUUGCAGCAAUGACUCAACCUUCUCUGGCACCAGAAGCACGCCAUUCACUCCUGCAGUACGUGACUGGAAAGUAUCUCCUGCCUGCCAAUUGCAAGGUUCAGUUUGACUGGAACGAUCCUCAUGUUGUGGGUGGAACCAUGUGCUUCACUGUGCGUUUUUACCAGCGCAAUGGACAGCCCUAUCCCAUCUGUGACACAGAUCAGUUCUUCGUUGAAGUGUGCCAGGGAACACGAAAAGUUGUGACACUCAAUUCUUUGGGUGGCACAGAUCCCAAUAAUGCAAAUAUUGCCAAAGUCAAAUUCACCGUUCGUACUGCGGGUCAGUACAAGAUAUCUGUUCUCAUAGGAUCUAGUCACAUUGCUGGUAGUCCAUUUCUCAAGACUUUUAUUCCCGGAAAAAUGGACGCCAGACGAUCAAGGCUUAUAAGGCCUGCCAAUACCGUGGUAUGCUCAUCCGGAGCACCAACUCUAUUACAUAUUGAACCACGUGAUGAGUUUGGAAAUGCUUGUGUCUUUGGACCUGAUGAUGAUCCUGUUCGAGGAUACAGGAUUGAUAUUUUUGAUCUCAAUGGUCAGCCAGCAGAAAAACUGAGCAGUGCUCUGACAAUGGCCUACGACAAAGUCAAUUCCCGCGUUACCGUCACAGCUCUCUUCCCGGAGCCUAUUUGUCUGAAAGCAAUAUUCCACUACGAGGACCAGAAAUUGCCCAAUGGAGAUUUCGACAUUAUUGUGCUAAGCAGCAGCGAUACGACUCUCGUGCACAAAAACAUUGCGUCCAGGAAGCACAAUAUCUGCUACGAAGCGAAAUUAAUAAGUAUUUAUGGGCAAAUUAAGACGAAACCACGCAAAGUGUUGUGCUAUAUUGGACCAAAACAAAUCACUAUUAAGGAAUUGAUUUUGAAAUUCAUCCCAAAGAGAAUUGCCACCUUUCGCCUCUGUCCAUCCACAAAGUUUCACUUUCUGCCUCAAGUUGCUGGACAAAAUCACGGAUCAGUCUUUAUCAUUGAUGAUGGAUCUCAACCAAAGAUUGAACUAGCAUCACGCGAUAGGAAUGUCAUUGCAGCUACAUUCACUCAUUUCCUCCUCAAGAACAUUGGUGGUUCUGAGACAUUCAAGGAUAAGCAGGAUUUCUUCUACCACGAAGUCCGUAAAUUCCACUCACACUACUACCACGAGAAACUGGCUCUCAAAGUUCAACGAGAUAAGAUUCUAGAAUCCAGCAUGAAAGCCACCAAGGGCUUCUCGGUAUCGGACUGGUGUGGUAACUUUGAAGUUACUUUCCAGGGCGAGCAGGGCAUUGACUGGGGUGGCCUAAGACGGGAAUGGUUUGAAUUGAUAUGCAGCGCCCUAUUUGAUCCACGUGGAGGACUCUUUUGUGCCUUUCACGACAAACGACAGGCACUUGUUCAUCCCAAUCCCAAUCGUCCUGCCCAUCUAAAGCUAAAACACUUUGAAUUUGCUGGAAAGGUUGUGGGAAAAUGUCUCUACGAGAGUGCCCUCGGGGGAUCCUAUCGUCAACUUGUUCGUGCCAGAUUUAGUAGGAGCUUCCUGGCUCAACUUAUUGGACUUCGAGUCCACUAUAAGUACUUUGAACAAGAUGAUCCUGAUCUCUAUCUGUCCAAGAUCAAGUAUAUCCUUGAUACAGAUCUGGAUCAAAGUGAUAACCUAGAACUGUACUUUGUUGAGGAGAUCUAUGACUCCUUGGGCCAAUUGAGCAAAACCGUGGAAUUGAUUCCUAAUGGUGCCAAAGUUAGAGUGACGAAUGCUACUAAGUGUCAAUAUCUGGAUGCUCUAGCUCAGCAGCGUCUCUGCAAUAAUGUUCGUGAAGAGGUUGAUAGUUUCCUAAAAGGCCUCAAUGGUAUUAUUCCUGAUAACCUCCUGAGUAUCUUCGAUGAGAACGAACUGGAGUUGCUUCUGUGUGGAACUGGCGAAUAUUCAAUUGCUGAUUUUCGCGCGAAUCACAUCAUCAACGGCAAUUCCGCCGAAUUCCGGCGUGUCCUGGGAUGGUUCUGGGCUGCAAUCAGCAAUUGGAACCAGACUGAAAUGGCUCGAUUGCUUCAGUUUACAACCGGCUGUUCUCAACUUCCACCAGGCGGUUUUCAGGAAUUGAAUCCUCGCUUUCAAAUAACCGCCGCACCAACUUUUGGAAACCUCCCAACAGCUCACACGUGCUUCAAUCAACUAUGCCUCCCGGAUUAUGAGAGCUACGAGCACUUUGAAAAGUCCCUUCUCCUGGCCAUAAGCGAAGGUACCGAAGGCUUUGGAAUGGUUUAGAGAACUCUGGUCACACUGAAGGUGAAAAUUGUUGCCACAGAUUUUUUUGGUCUCUUUUUUAGUGUUUCAAUCGCAAAUAACAAAAAAAAGUCGUAGAAAAUAUAUUCGUGAUUACAAAAAAAAAUUAGGUCAGAGAGUAGAAUUAUUUGCUUUCUCAAGAGAAAGACAGCAAUUUAUAUUUCCUAAAAAGUUUCAUGUAGCAAUAAAUUCUGCGAGAUAUUUUAAUAGUUUCAGCGAAAACACAAGAAUAUGAAAAAAUGGAAAAAAAAUCAUUUUAAACUGCCUAGUAAUGUAGAGAAAAAAAAAGUAUUUGCCUUAAAUAAAUUUCAUCGUAGAAACGCAAAGACAGAAGAUAAACCCGAAACAUUUCAUUUAUCAGGCAAAAAUCAUCCACGAAAAAAAAACAAUUGAAAAAUAAUUUUAAGAAAAAAAAAUAAAAAAAAAAUGUGAAAAUAAAAACCACGAAGAUUAUUCUCUGUGAUAUUAUCAAGAUGAAAAAAGACACAACUCACAACAAAUACAGAUUAAAAUCACUUUAUUGAAAAACUCUUUCUCGAACGUUAAAGAGAUUUAAAGUAAAAAAAAGAAUCUUAAAGACAGAAAGAUUUCCCCUCCCUAUAUUGAUGAGAAUUGUAACUAUACAAUAUAUUAGAUUGUAGUGGAAUAUUUAUUGAAAAGAUCAUGAGAGAGAAUUACUGAAAUAAAAUAUUGUUGAAUCGCGAUAAAA